GCCCCUUGUGCUCACUCUCAUCUAGCACCCAUCAAAGCCUGACCAGGGAGUCAGUUGAUAAGAAAAUCUAUCUACAUUUCUCUUUCCAGAGCUCGCUCGGGCCUACCGAUCUCACAGCAGUGUAGACCAACCUCUGUGAUAGAGCGGUGACAGCAGUGUAACCUCUGUGGUAGACUACAAAGUCUACGAGCUACAGCAGCACCGCCACCUCCGCUGCUGCAGGACGCCACAUUCUGUGAGGUUAUGAGCCUUGGAGGGACAAUCAAGCGUACCCGCAAUGGCAUCGUGGAGGAAGUCACCCACGUUCACUAUCCCAUCGCACCACCUCCUCCUAAGUUGAAGUGCCUGUACUGCCCGAAGACCUUUGCCUCCGAACAAGGUCGAUCGCUACACUGUAGUGCCGUGCACCCAGCUCCUCUUCGGCAUCUUGGACGAGGGCUCAGGCGCGCCCUCGCGACGGGUGGGACCAUGACGACUCCACCUUGGCACGGGUAUUCGGGCAGGUGUUUUCAUGUCGUCUUUCACCACUCAGAGGGAGGCGGGCACACCACUGCGGCGGGCCAGAAAAUUUACGACGUGCGAGGGAGCUGUUCGUUUGAGCUGCAGCCAAGGACCCAAGGCGAUGGUACAUCAGACUUGCCAGAUGACGGCCUUUUGUCGGACGACGAACUCACCAAGCGGAAGAAAAGACGAGGAGCUGAGAAGAGGAUGCAGUACAGCAACAGGAAGAAGGCUGCGAUGGUCACGGAGCUGCGAGAGCUGGAGGCCGAUCACGCCGAAACGAUCUGGCAUGUCCACGGCGUGUCGUGCCAGCAGUUCCUGGCAAGGAAGACCGGCAUUCCCCAACCCAACAUCUGCAAGUGGAACGGUGACGCAGAGAAGCUGAUCGCAGCCGCGGCCAAUGACUUGAAGAAAGACCUUUUCAAGACUGGCAGGGAGAGGAGGUGGUUCGGAGACGCAGAGAAGAAGCUGCACUCGCUGCUGCUACAACGGCGCAAGAGGAAGCUCAGAGUGUCGACAGCCUGGAUUGGAGUCAACGCGAGAAAGCUCGUGGUGGAAAUGUAUCCGGACGACCCGCGUGCAAAGAACUUUUCAGCGUCGGACCGGUGGUGCAGGAAGUUCGCGAAGCGCCACCAUCUCUCGAAACGAAGGCGCACAAACAUGAAGAACAAGUCGGUGGAGGACCGUCUUCCGCAGAUGAAGAGCUUCCACAGGAGGCUGCGCCAGCUGCUGCAGGAACAACCCGUUCGCCGGGCCGCUGCUGGUGGCGCCGCCGAGAACAACGGCGCUGCGAUCGUUCCUGCUCUCGGCGGUGGAGAAGGCGGCGUAAGCCCCGGCGUGGAGGUGCUUUUCCAUGAGAUCGUGUGGAUGGACGGCCCAACGUGCAUGGCGUGGUCUAUCCUUUUCGCGGACAACCUGCACGGGCAGACAACGGGCGAGUUCAAGAAAUUUCUUCACGGCGAGUGCAACACGCUGCUGCGGCUACUUCCUCCCAAGUUGACCGACGAACUCCAACCGGUCGAUGCCGGCUAUGGACGCCUCCUCAAAGUCGAAGUCGGUAACGAGCUGGAUGAAUUUCUUGGGCACGAGGAAAACCUUUGCCUGUGGGAUACCAACAAGCUUUCAACUGGUGUAAGGCCAAUCCUUUUCACGCGAUUCAUUGCAAGGGCGGUCGCGCGAAUGGACGCUCGGCCUGGGUACCGUCAUCGCCUGCUCGAGAAGACCGGACUGGCGAUGACGGCAGACGGGUCGUUGGACGACCGCAGCACUCCGGAGGAUGUAGUUAGGGGAUACAACUUCAUGGACGGGAGCACGAGCAGUGACGAGGAGGUGCCCGACCAGGAUGAUGAGGUCGGCGACGACGAUGGGGAGGCGGGCGGUGACGAAUCACGCUGCGACAGCGACGCAAGCGCAGAUGAUGAUGGUGAUGACCGCGGCGAUCUAGAUAGCGACGAUGACGUCGACUCCGACGAUGACGUCGACUCCGACGAUGACAUCAUCGCGAUGGAGCUUCCGGUCGGAUUUCGUCUUCAAGAGUCUCCUCCAGAAAAGCUGAAUCGCGCAUUGAUUAAGCGUUGCGUGUUCUUGAGGCGUGGUAUGGGGUGGUUCUUGGGGUAGAUCAGCCGGGCAGCGCCCCCGCAAACUAGCCAUACGUACGACUACCGCGUGGUUUCGGCGUACGAUCAAAGAACCAUCAGUGUGAAGAUGCCUCUAGAUGCAUACGAUGUAGACGAGGCGAACGCAGCCGUAGGAGCGUCAGCAUUGAUCGAGCUGAUCGACGAUUCGAAUGAGCCGGCGGGGGGGUGUGAAGGUGAACAGCCACGCCGGCAGGGCAGUAGGGCGUGAACCCCCAACGUUCGCAACAUUGAGCAACCGGGAUAGAGCAUACCAAGUUGUGACAACUUUACCAAUCGAUUUUGAAGGGCGUUCGGGAUAUACAGAGUAUUUUGUCCGCACGCACAUUAGCACAAUGGCUUUGCGCUACUUUUUUUUCAGUUCGGUACCGCCGGGUGUCGUGCAAGCAUGUUCCCCGCGGGUAGUGCAAAGCUUCGUGGCUGGAAAAGGAUAUUGGGAUGAUAAGAAAUCAUGCAAUUUGCAUGGUGGCGAAAAGAUAGGAAAUGGCGAAAAUAAGAAAUCGUGCAAUUCUCGUCGGGGAAAAACGGAAAUGCCGACAUAAGAAAUUCAGCUCACUAUGGCUGCGGCAAUAACAUUUGAGCCUCUGCUGAAAUAGGUGUUUCUUACGAGUGAGCCGGC